AUGAAGUUCAAAGCUAACUUUGGAUAUUUUCGGAGACAAAGCAGUGGAAGCUAUUCAUUACCAACUAACAGUGAUGAACAGGUAAGAACGUUGUUUUACUGUUUACUUUGAUAGGCAUCUAAGUUCACUUUAAAAGGUGCCUAAUGCUUUUUGGAAUACUCUUGUUGAACAAUUACAUGUUAUAUGAGAAUGCGUUGUUAACUUAAAAAAUAUUUGAAUUUUGAGGAUUUUGGCAGUAAAGUAAGGUUGUUAACAUAAAAAUAAUGUUUUGCCGAUAAAUUUUAGACUUUAUUCCUAAAACUAGGUAGUUAUAGGUUAAUUAUUGUGUUCAAUGUUGGAGUGUUUAUAUUUUUAAGAUUGUAUUUUAUUUUUAAAAGGUCAUAUUUAAAUGGGAAUUAAAAAACUGGGUUUGAUCUUAAACUUUUAUUAAUUAGUAUUUUUUGUUACCUAAAAACUUUAAAUUCAGUGAUUUGUUGUAGUUGUUUGGUGUAAAAGACUAAAGAAUUAAACUGUUGAUACUGAUGUUAUCUUGACAAAUCUGAGGUCAAGAUUGUCUAUAAAGACCAUCGCACACUUUGUUUUUUGUCUCUAUAUGUGGUGAAAUGGCAUUUCAUUAAAGAUUGGUUUUAAAAAAUGUCUUCUGUAUGACCUGACCAAGAUUUUUCCUCAUUUUUUUAGAUUCACGCUUAUAACUGUAUCAGAAAGAAUAUUAGUUAUUAUAACUUUAUAUAAACUCUUGAGGACUAACAAUCUAGCCUCAAAGAUUGAUAAUAUUUCUAAAAGUUGUAGCAUCUUCAGAACGGUGGCAUUAAAAGAACGUCUUUUAUUAUAUUAUACAUUUUGCUCACGUGUUUCAAACGAAAAAACGGCACAGUCCUUUGAGCGACGGGCUUUUUCGCUUGUUGUGGCCAGUGUGUACGCAAAAUAGAAGAGACAGCCGGCUUUUUCUUUCCCGAAUUUUGCAUUUUUUGGAUUUUUGACGUGCCGAACGAUCUUUAUUGGCCAUUGUUUGGUUAGGAAUGUAAAUUUGAGCUUUCUCUGAUGUUAUUUGAGGUGUUAUCAUUUUGAAAAUGUUUAUAUUUUUAUGGUUUUUGACGAUGGGAGAUGGAUUUUGAGAUAUGAGGGGCAUUAAUAAUAUAUUUUAUGUUGUUUUUGUUGUUACAUUGUUUAUUUUUCAUUGGAAUUGGUUAGGAAACAUUUAAAAUGUCUAAAAAUGCAUUGCAAUCUUUAAAAAAUAAUACUUUUAAAAUAGGUGCCUAAAAUAACAUAAUUUACUGAAUUUAUACCCAAGGACUCAUAGAAGCUUCUCAAAAAUCGUGUAGUAUGCCCUUUCCGUGCUCUUAUGAUAUAUUAUAAGCAAAAAAAGAUUUCGGGCGUGUUUAUCAAGCCUUAUCAAUGGAGCCGAGAGUCUGUGGCUGAUUAGAUGAAAGUGUUGUUAUUAAUCUUCUUUUGAGUUGUAAAUUCAAGUCCUGGUUGUUUGCGGAGAGGAAUUCAGAUAAUGGGGCUGUAAAUUGCUGCUAAAUAAGUAGAUGAUUAUGAAAAAUAAAAAAAUGGAACAUAAAUUACCGUUUUAUAUACUUUGAUAAGAGCUACGAUUGUAAUUGGGUUGGAAUGGGAUUUUUACUGCUUUUUGAGUUUUGACGGGAGAAUUCUGGUAGUAAAGGUAUAGAUGAAGAUAAUAAUGACCGUUCUUAUGGAGGGGAAGGAUGUUGCAAAUUCUUUUUAAAUUGUUUGAUGCCUGUGUUAAUAUAUUGCGACACUCAUUUUAAAACAAAACUUUCAAUCCUUCAAGAUAAAAGUUUGACACACAGAUCAAAACUCAAAGUCUAGACUUUGCCCAGCUGGCCGUUAAUUUGUGAAAAUGCUGAAAUGGUACGAGAAGUUUUGUCAUAAAAAAGUGAUGGGUUUGAUUCCUUUGUUUGCUCUUUAUAAUCCAAAUAAUUCUCGUCUUUUUGUUGCGAAAUCGAGAGUUAGAAAAAAUAGGCUUACAGAGUGCUUAACGUUGUUGCUACGGGUAUUAUAGUAGGUGGUAGGGCGUUUUAAGUAAGGUUUAGUUUGAAACUGUGACUUAGCUACGAAUUUUUAGGUUUUUUUGUUUAGGCGGGGGGGGUGACGAAGUUAGAUUUUUUGUCUACAAAUAAUAUCUGAGGCCUACUUUGGAUUUUUUUGGACUAUGACUUUGAGGGUCGGGGUGGAUCUUUGCAGUAGUUUCAAUAAAAAAUAUAAAAGAAUUGUUUUAAAGACAAGCAGAUGACAUUUUGUCUCGAAAAUGACGCAUAUUUUGAAUCAAGUUGGUCAAUAUUUUUGGCUUAUUUAUUUCCAAAACCAGCUGCUUUUAAUGCCAUUUUAAAGGAUUUUUUAAAAGUCAGGAUUUUAGACUUUUUUUCUGUUAUUUGUUAUUUAAAGCCGCUUAUCGUGUGCUAUGAUGGCCACUUAUUGUAAAUACUCUGACGAGAAUGGAUAAACAGUAGUAAUGUGAGGAGGUAUUGUCAUGGAUUUGUCAUAUUUUUGUAUUAUGUUUUUAAAUAAUUCUGUGCUCUUUCGCAAAGUUUUCAAAUUUUGGGGUUAAGGGGCACAGAAGUAUUUGAACAACCUAAUGGUAUAUUUUCGGUUAAACGUUGAUAGCUUAAUAUAUGAAUGUCAAGGCUCUUCCUACGCUUUAUUAUAAUUAGACUCUUUUAAUGUUAAAAGUCUGAUAGUGUCUUUAUCAACGUUUAUGCCCAGAGGGUCUAUUAUAAGUGUUGAUGACGUUCCGUCGCCUUAAAGAGAUUAUAAUUGCUUUUAAAUAAAGUUUUGCUUCAUUAAGGGGGUUAGUUAACGUUACUUUAUGCUACCCUGAACCUUAUGGGAAGAAUUUUUUAAAUUUUGAGUUUUGUUACUUAUAAUUAUGAAUUAUGUUAAUUAAAGGCUGUUUUAGCGGUGAAAAGUGACGAUAAUGUUGAAAGUAUGGUUUUUUUGAAGUUUGUGGUGAACAAAAUGAUAUUUUUAAUGUUUCUACGUUUUUUUAUUUAAUUUUGUAAAAUACGGAAGCGCUUAUUGUAUUGUUUGUUUUAGAGUUCAACAAGCCACGAAAUGAGUAACAGUGGAAAGAAGAAUCCUCAUAACGGUAGUUUCGAGAAUCCUCCAUCGGUCAACUUCUUCACGUCGGUCGAUGAUGAUUCGACUGAUGUGCCCGACGUCGAGAAGCAAGAAAUCGACAAGUUGGCGGAACAGGCAAAGCGACAACAGAUCUCGCGACAAUCCAGCGGAAAACCAUGGACUUUGAGUAGGCGUUUUAGGAUGUUUUAUAUUGGUUUAGAUCUCACUUGUCAAAAGCUGGGUUUUGUUCAUCAGGAGACGGAAAUAAUAUUUUUUUAUUGACAAAUUGAUAGAAUUAUUGUUUUUGUGAUCAAAAUCAAAGACAACAUCUUAUAAAAACUUUGAUUUUAAUUGAAUUGGCUAUAAAAACCUUGUUUUGUUUACAAAAAUAUUGUUCUAGAGCAAGUAGACAGCGAAAUCUUCGACACAUCUCCAUUCAAAACAGGUCUGGCUGAUAAAAUGUCGUCUGGCCCGUCUCAUGUGGUGUCGUCGCCCUUCGAAUCGCCACAAUAUCCGAUUGAGAUUCAGGAGACAAAGAAGGCGAUUCAAAGACAAAUCGACAAUAGGUAAUGGUUGAGAGUGGCUUUUCUUGCUUGUUUUGGUUGCUUAGUAUACGAGUUUGUAUUACAGAUGCAUUCUGUUAACAGCUUGCUUUAAAACUAAUAUUUUGUACUGGCUGAUAUAGAGGGUCGACUGCAUUACUAGUUUAAUUAAUAGUUUAGAGGCUAUUUGAAGUUUCGCCAGCUUUUUCUGGUAGACCAUAGAAUACAAUAACACGUUUUGAUAAUUUUAACUUAACAUUGGAAAGCUCAAAGCUUUGAAUGUGCUUGACUGACUGCAUUUUACCCUGAUUUUAGGUGUUCACGAGCUAACCGUCGCUAUUCCCUUCAGUGAGUGAAAAGGUGUAGUGAUUGGUGUUAUUUGUCGUUAACUUGAUAUUGUCGUUGAUUACUGCGUCUUAUAGAAGCACUGUCCUAUAUAUAGAGGCUGACACUUGUAGGGAAUGACGUUUGUAAACCUAUAGUACUACCAGUGAUAAUAUAGCGUUCAUUUCUUGUGCUGUGUUGUUAGUGGCAGUUUUGUACUGAAUAUAGUACUAGUAGUGACUUUUAGUAAAAAUUGGGCUUAACUUACUUUUUUAUGAUCGUCAAUGUUAUAGUAGGUUGAAAAGUUGGAAUAUUUUGAAAUUUCAAUAAGAAAAUGUUACUGUACAGAGCAAAUUUAAAACCGUACUGUACUAAGUAAAUAUUGUUGUAGAUAGACAAGUGACCGAUAAUCUGUCGGUUGGGGGCGCCAUACUGAUAAAAGUCACAAUUUCCUCGAAAUCUUUAUUUUUUUUACACGUUUUACUGGUACGGUGAUUAGAUUAUAAGUUAAGCACUGAUAAGUAAGUGGAAGUUAAUUAGGCUUCUAUUGUUUGAUCAGCAAGCUCUUUAUAAGUUUUUUUUUAUUUUUAAAAGUAUAUAUAGUACUUUUGGUCUUAUCUGUAUUGUAUAGGUUGAUUUUUAAGUAGUUAAGGUUGAUAUUAUGGUGGUUAAAAUAAUUUAUCGAUUUUAUUGUAGGUAGAAUAACUACAAUCUUAUUGCUACUGAUACUUUUUUAUGUUUUUUUGAUCUGUAAUUGACAUGAAGGUAGUUAAUGUUUGCAUUUGUACGCUUUUUAAAGCUUAAGGUGCUUUCUCAAGUCUUAUCAGUAACAAACUUUGGUUUUUAUAAACAAUAGGGAUUAGUGGUGUCUUAUCAGUGCAAAACUGAUUAGUUGGGAAUUAUAACGGCUAGCUUUGGCAUUAAAUGAUAAACCGAUGGGUGGCUAAAAAUUGUGAUUUAUUACUGUAAUUUCUUGCUAAAAUUGACAAUUUUUGAUAAAUUUAAAAUACAGUGAAACUUCUUUGUUAUGACCUUUGAUAGUAUCAUGUACAGCUUCUCUAUUAUACUCAAUGGUAUGACACUCUUUAUAAUGACAGCAUUCUGGCCGCUUGUUGAUACAGAAUUCUUAUCAAAAAUUACCUGGAUAGUGUCACGCCCUGGUUAUAAGGACAGAUAUGGACCAGUCCUGGGAGUAUCAUACUAAAGACUGUAUUGAUUGAUAAUAUUUUCGAGUUUUUGUACUUAUUUCUCGUUUUUUUGGGUUUUUUAAGUCCAAAAGUAGUUUUUUUGCAUGCUGCAGUUUUUAAAGCUUAUAAUGAUUGCACCGUGCUAAGAAAUUGAUAUUAAUACGGUGAAACAUCUGUAUAACGGAUCACUUAGAGGUUGUUGUUUGUUAUACAGGAGUUCCACUGUAUUUUUAAAAUAAUUAAAUUUGGGUAAGAAAUAAGUUCAAAAACCACAUUUUUAAAAAUAUUUUUGUUUUUUAGAAAACAUCUUUAUCUGUAAAAUGUUUUUGCAAAAAAAAUUUUUUUUUAAUUUUGUGUUAUUUUGAAAUUGAUAACAAAACAUUAAGUAUCUGAAGAGAUAACAAUGUAGACUAAAGACCCUUGUCUUACGUGCAAUGUGAACUUGUUAAUGUCCCUUUUGACGCGAUAAAAUACAAAACUUUGGGCGAAUUUUGAAUUUUUUCAAAUUUCAGAUAAAAUUUGAUUUAAAGUUUCGAUUACAAUAGAAAUUUCGACUUUGAAAUAUUUUAAUUGAAAUAUUCUGGCUAAUAUGAGUCCGCCUAAUCUAGAUACGACAAUUUUACGGUAUGUUUUUAGGAGAAAAUGUUGUUUUAUCUGGUUAUUUAUUCAAGUAUAAGGAUAAAUUAGGUGUUUUAUAAGUUUAAGGUCUUCUCUAUAGGUUUAAAAUUGUGAAGGAUAUGUUAGUAUGAACCUUUGAGUCUAAAUAUAGCUUUAUUAUGUUGUUUAGUGCAUAAUCUUUCGUCUUGUAACGGGUUUCCUCACGCUUGAACUAUUGAAACCUUAAAUUCGAAGGCCAUAAAACAUUAGCCGAAAACAGCAUUUAACUUUUCACAAUAUAAUGCUUCAUAUAUAGUUAUUAAGCCUCAAAUUAAAGCUUCUGCUCUUCUGAGUGCUAACUUUUUAAAAUUUUUGGGGAACUUUUAUCGAAAUUCGCUAAUUAGCCUGGGGCACAAUUCCCACGUGUUUGUUCCAAAACAAUUUUCGAUCGUCACCCUCGAGGCUAUUUGUUUGUUAUUCCGCACAAACACAGCAUGCUAUCAGUAUAUUAUUCUUGAUUUCGAAUAUGGAACGGUUAAGUCGAGCUCCUCUCCGAUAUUAUCCUUCAAGGUAACUUAAAUUGGUAAUGUCUUUGUGUUUCUGGGAUACUUUUGGUAAUAUCUUGAUGUCUUGAGCUAAGUUUAGUUAGACUUUGAUAUUGUAGGAUGUUACAUUUGGUUUUUUUAAGGUAUCUUUCUUUUAUAGCAAUCUUUAUUGCUAUUAUAGAGUAUUUUUUAGUGUAAUUUGUAUUAAAAUUGUUAUAGAAGUUGUUAAUGAGUUGAUAUGUAUGGUAAAUGGCAGUUUCGUAAUGUAAAUGAGCAGUGUGAUGUGUGAAAGAGUUUUGCUAACUUUUGUUUGUAUUAAUUGUCUGUGCUAACAUCUACAUCAAUAUCUGAAAUAAUAGUGUUUAUACUAACAUUUACUACUGUGGUACCUUCUAAUAAGAUAUAGAUAUAUUACAGUAAUAUUUGUAAAACUAACAUAAACAGCACACUUUUUGUCUGUUAGCACUUACUACAAUAUAAACAGAUGUUUAAACGUUGGUUUUCUAGAACUCGUCUUGAAAGUAAUGGUCAGCCAUCUCCAGAUCGUCACCAAUCUCAUUCUCCACAGCCGACGCUUGAAUGUGGCAGCUGGGGCGAUGCGAAUGGUGCCAUACCUGAAAGAGACAUAGCUUCACCUCAGCUGGUGGAGAUGCACACUUUCCGCGAUGCCAUUGAUGUUAACUAUCAACGAAUGGCGUUGACUGGCGAGGAGUUGUCUGGGGUAAGAAAAUGUGAUUUAAAAGUUGUUUUAAAUAUUGAAAAUUGAAGGAACCUAGAAUUUUGUUUAUCAAAGAUGAUUUUGAUGAUAUUGAUAUAACUGGAUAGUUGAUAUUAACACAUCUGGAGGGGGGUUAAAAAUAGGAAAUUUUGAUCAAAUUGUGAUGACAAUGAUUAUACUGCGAAGUCAAGAAGAUCAAGCUAAAGUAAAACAUUGUAGGUACCGCUAGAAGAUUUAAAAGUGGCUUCAAAACAGAUUCAAGAAGCCUUAAACCUAAGGCAACAGUAUAUGGAUAGGAUUGGCAACUUCUUUCCUACGACUACAAGGAACUUUUUGAAUGGUGAAUAUCCAAAGAACCUGCCAAAGUGCAGGAAGAAGAACACCGAAAUGUGUAAGUUCAAUACUGGCGAGAUGUAGUAAAAAUUAGGUGAUAUAGAAGUAAAAUACGUUUUCUAUAAUUUUUGAUAAUAUAUCAUGUUAAAAUGAUGUUUUAUCGCUAGUAAUGGUACUCAACUACUACAAUAUAAUUGAUAGUAGUACUGUAAUAAAAUAACAAACUUUAAAGCAGUUUUACUACCGUAACUUUACAAAACUAAAAAUUUAGUAAAGACACUAAAGUCUUGCUUGUGUGUAAAUGUUGUCAUCGUACUCUCGGCUGAGUACGACAUUUUACCCGGUUAUUGUACUAAAGUAAUACCUGUUAUCUGGAUUAAUUAAAUUGAACUUUUUGAGAGAAAUGGCGGCGGAUCGGAGGCUUCGAGAAUGUAAUACUUAAUUUUAGUGGGAAUGCUAUGUAGGUUUUGUCACCGGCACGAAACUCUAAUUUUCGGUAUUUUCGAAGCGUUGGUUACGGUAACAUUAGAUAGGCGUUGUUAUUGUGGUCGUGGCUACUGUAUUUUUGCUAUUUUUUGAGUUCUGAUGUUGUAAAUUUUGGUUAAAGGUUGGGUGCGGGUUGAAAUUGGCAAAGAGCAUUUAUAUUACACUAGGCAGGGCAGGGUCAAGUAAGAAAAUUUUUUUUUAAAUUUUGAAUUUUGGUUACCGGAUAUCAAGUGUUAAAGCAGUUGUACAGAUAGCAAAAAGUAUUGUUUAGUCAUUGAAGAACGCCGCCGGCAACAGCAGCAGCAUGAGGAAGAGGAAGAACGUGAACGGCUGCGGGUCCUUCUAGCCGAACGCCGAAGCUCAGGUUAGAGGUGUGCGGUGAUUCGAACAUACUAACAUGUCAUAAAGAAUCAUAACAUAGGGUUUAAAUUUAAUAUUAUUUAAAAAAGACUUCACUUUUGAGUUCGUGGAGUAUAAGUGGUCAUUUGGAAUUCUUAAAAAUUUAUGUUACACUAGGUUAAGCUAGUAACUUCUUUCGGCUUUUUGGGCGUUUUAAAGAGGCUUUGAAUAACUACUUCUUGUAGGUACACCGAGCUGUUUUUAAAUGGUUCUUUAGAUUUUAAAAUUUGUAUUUUAGAACAGUGUUAGUUGUUUUACCUUAAGUUAUGUAUCAUAUCUUAGUGGUUGUGUUGCUGUGACUCUUGAAUUUUCUUUUCAACUUCUCUAAACAUACCUUUUCUAUAUUUUAGUUAACGGUUUUUGGUUUGAUUCUGAUUUUCACCUUUAAAAUUUCCAAAAUUAAAAGUUAACACCCUUUCAAACGAUCAUAACUUACCAAUAUCGAUUGAUGACAUUGUUAAUGUUGCUGUUUAGCUGCUCACACAUCCUUCCAUCCUCCAGAACCACCAGUGGAUCAUUGGGGAUUAAAUGACCCGUUGCCAAAGUAUCAACAGUUCAAAUUGGCUAGGAAACAUGGAGUGGUAUGUUUAUGUGGCAUUUGAUUAUAGGUAUAAGGGGCAUUGUUUGGGGGAAUUUACUUUAUGUGUUAUUACAUUUAUAGAAGUGGAAAGUUAUUUAUGGUUUAUGAUGAAAAGUUUCUAGUUUUUAUGGAAAAGUCCUUUUAAUAUUUUUUGCUAUAUUGUAGUAGCCAUAGCAUUAAAAACCUCUAUUUCUAGGUAGAAGUACUGGACACAAAUGGCCAACUCCACUCCGAACUCGCCGGCUCCUACAUAGACAGAAUCCAGUUCCUCAGCGAUUACGAACGACUAAUCACGAUGAUCGCGGACGGCCCUCUGAAGUCGUUCUGUUAUCGUCGCCUGUCCUUCCUUCAGACCAAAUUCCAACUUCACGUCCUGUUGAAUGAGCUUCGCGAACUUCACGAACAGAAGUCUGUGCCUCACCGUGAUUUCUACAACAUCAGAAAAGUGGACACUCACAUUCACGCGGCUUCGUCUAUGAAUCAGAAGCAUUUGUUGCGUUUUAUUAAGAAGAAGCUGAAGACCGAGGCUGAUGUUGUUGUUAUGGAGCAGGUGGGUGAUUUUUCGUGAUUUUUUGAGGCUUUAGCUAAUCUUUUAGAUAUUGUUGAAGGUUUUAAAAUGAUGUCUCGGCUUUGAAAAGGAUAAAAAAUUAAUUUUUUGAUGUUACAGUAGAUGAAAUUUGAAAUGUUGUUAUUUUCCAGGGCGGCCGCAAAAUAACGAUGAAACAACUCUUCAAAGAACUCGGUCUAGACGCCUACGACCUCAGUGUAGACAUGUUGGACGUGCACGCCGACCGCAACACGUUCCAUCGCUUCGACAAGUUCAACACCAAGUACAAUCCAGUAGGUCAGAGUUCCCUGCGCGAAGUCUUUAUUAAAACUGAUAACUAUGUCAACGGAACUUACUUUGCCGAAGUCUUGAAGGAGGUUCUGUCAGAUCUGGAGGAUUCAAAGUAUCAACAGGCCGAGCCAAGGCUUUCGAUUUACGGCCGCAAAAACGACGAAUGGGACAAGUUGGCUAAGUGGGCGAUCAGUCACGACGUUUGGUCGCCGAAUGUCAGAUGGAUGGUACAGAUUCCGCGAUUGUUGUAAGUUUGGGCAUCACAAUGCUAUUUUUUCUAAAAUAAUUGAUUUUUGGGUUGUCUUGAGCUGUGUUGGGCCGGAAUUAUGAAAAAUGAAGUUUUCGUGGUGGGACCAAAAUGUGCAUGUAUGGAUUUUUUCUGAAAAGGUAUUUACAGCACUAAAAAACGGUGUAUUUAUUAGAAGUACUAUUCUAGGAGGAGAAAAUGUCAUUUUUAUGUUUUGUAGAAUAGUUUUAUGUAUAGUAACUACGUAUACCUUUAGCGAUGUCUACAAAGAAAAGAAGAUGAUUGCCAAUUUUGACCAGUUUUUGGAUAAUCUGUUCACGCCUUUAUUCGAAGCCACCAACGAUCCAGAUUCACACCCAGAACUCUUCAGAUUUUUAUUGAACGUCAGUGGCAUUGACUCGGUUGAUGACGAGAGUAAACAUGAAUAUGUUCAUGUAAGUAUAUUUGCUAUUUUACUUUUCUUAUACUGUACUCAAAAAAAAGAAUAGUUUUUUGAUAUUUCAGUAGAUUUUAUGCACUUUUGGACUCAAAAAUUUAAAACCUAUCUAUUUUAACCUAAACUUUGAACUUUCAGUUUGACAAAUCCACCCCCGAACCAGCCGAAUACACAGACGCCGAGAAUCCACCCUACAGUUACUAUCUCUACUACAUGUAUGCCAAUCUGACAGCUCUGAAUGCGUUCCGUAGAAUGAGAGGCCUGAACACCUUCUCUUUGAGACCUCACUGUGGAGAAGCUGGUCAUGUUAACCAUCUUAUCAUUGGAUUUUUGACAUCUGAAAGCAUCGCUCACGGUCUUCUGUUGCGCAAAGUCCCUGUUCUACAAUAUCUGUUCUACCUGACUCAAAUGGGUAUUGCUAUGUCACCAUUGUCGAACAACAGCUUGUUCAUCAGUUAUCAUCGGAAUCCGUUGCCAGAAUACCUGAUGAAGGGGCUGAAUGUGAGCAUCUCUACCGACGAUCCUCUUCAGUUCCACUUCACCAAAGAGGCCUUGAUGGAGGAGUUUAGUAUCGCGGCUCAAGUAUGGAAACUGUCGAGUUGUGACAUGUGUGAGUUGGCCAGGAACUCGGUGCUUCAGAGUGGCUUUGAGGACAAGGUUAAGAUCCAUUGGUUGGGGCCGAACUACAAGGAAGAGGGCGUUCUCGGGAACGACGUGGCCAGAACCAACGUGCCCGACAUCAGAGUGUCAUUCAGACACGAAGCUUUGGUUGAUGAACUAUACAACUUGUUUAGAUCGCAUCAUCUUUAA